AUGUUGGACGCAGACGAACCGUUUAAACCGGAUCAGGCCUAUGAGUAUUUUGUUAAUCUGCGAAAAACCAAGAAGAAAAGAAAUAAGAAGCGUGUACAACAAAUAAAAAAAGAUAUGAUUGCAUUAUGUGACGAUAAAAGAUUCUUAUGGGCUAGAAAUGCAACGAUUGCAUUUGCAAGAGGUAUUCAACAACGUUUAUCAAAGCCGGGACGUUACGCACUUGGAGACGGAAUGCUGCGAUUAUCAAAUGUGAUCCUACAUGAUGUUUGUGGAUAUGCGAGAAUGAAAACCCCAUUAAGAAACUCAAACAACCCAAAAGCACGCUUCAUGAUGGAGAUGUCUGACAAGAUUGCGGUUUGGAUCGAUGAAAUUCUUAUGGAAUCUGAGGAUCGCAUGCUGAUGAUGGACUUUGACGAAGAUGAAGGU